AUAUAAAGAAAAAGGCCUCCUCUUGCUGUUCUCUUUCUCUCUCUCCUAUUGACUAUUGACAUAGCAAAGUCUGGUUCUAUUGAGCGUGACUCAUCUGCGCUCAUCAAGCCAACUUUGCACCUUUCAAACAUAUGUUUCUUACUCCAAGAGCGAAAAGAACCUCAUAUAAUCGGUUAUACUAUCCGAAAACAUAGUAGUAGUAGUACUUGCUAAAGCUAAAGGUUUUAUCCCUCUCGACACGUGAAAGCUAAACUUUUUCCCAAAGAAGUCCCGCUCCGACCGCCCAACGAGUCAUCUACUUAAAAGGACCCUCCCUGCAGUCCGCCUGAGAAUUAGAGCUUUUGGGUGGACGUAAUAGUCCUAGCCCAGGAGUAGCAACCGCCCGACCUGGGCGCCUUAACUAAAGGAGCUAAACCGGUGGAUCUCAUACCACCUUAUCCUUCGCUGAAUCUUUCCUUUGUCCUUCCCCUGAACUGGAGACGGAACUAUAGUAAUAGUAAGAGAAAAAGGACUUCUCUCAGAUUUGUAUGUUUCACAUUUGAAUUUCUCCUAAUUUGAUUUCCUUUCCUAUGUUCUUUAAACUUUUUGCCUUUUUACUGGAAUUUGUGUUAUCGUUUUUUCAACUCUUUAAUCUUGUGCUCUUAAACAUGCCAUGGAAAAUUGAAGUUAGAGAGUUGCCAAAAAGUGUAUUUAAACAGACUAAAAAGGAUAAUAAAGCACAUAAGUUGAAAUGCUACUCUUUGUAGUCCGGUUUUUUGUUAAGUCAUCAUUUGAUGUUGCUUUGCCAAGGCCCCUUCUCACUUUUAAAUAAUUAAGCCUGAUUAUUUGUCUCAAAAAAAUAAUUAAGCCUGAUUGUUAUUGGUUUGAAACAGCAUUAUUGUAGAAGAUGGUGCGAGUAAGUGUGUUGAAUGACGCUCUUAAGAGCAUGUACAAUGCUGAGAAGAGGGGAAAGCGUCAGGUCAUGAUUAGGCCUUCUUCAAAAGUCAUCAUCAAGUUUCUCAUUGUCAUGCAGAAGCAUGGGUACAUUGGAGAAUUUGAGUAUGUUGAUGAUCACAGGUCAGGAAAAAUUGUUGUUGAACUGAAUGGUAGGUUGAACAAAUGUGGUGUCAUUAGUCCUCGCUUUGAUGUUGGAGUUAAGGAGAUU